AUGGCACGAAGCAUAUUUUUCGUAAUUGAAGGCAAUUAUUCAGCAAACCCACUCAUUAAAAGCUCUGCUUUCAGACCGAUGGAUGAUGAUGUUAUUGAACUAAACGUCGGUGGAACGCACUACAGUACCAUUCGACAGACGUUAAAAAAAGAUCCUGACACAUUGCUUUAUAGAAUAGCAAGCUCUUCUAAACCAUUACCAAAAGGAAUAGUUCAACUAGACAACAACAAGUAUUUUAUCGAUCGAGAUGGCCUCCUAUUUUCUCACAUACUCAACUACCUAAGAACAGAUAAACUAAUAUUGCCUGAAGGAUUCACCGAGACUGGUCGUCUGAAAGAUGAAAUUGAAUUCUACGAAAUUGAAAAGCUACGGGAUGCACUUGGUCCACAGUUGCAUGCACUGACCCAUCUUAAACCAAAACUCUCCAAUGGUGGUUUGUAUCCCAUGAACGAAACUGGUGGUUACAUUACUCUUGGCUAUCGAGGCACAUUCGCAUUCGGAAGAGACGGCCAGGCGGACGUUAAAUUCCGGAAAUUGCACAGGAUUCUCGUAUGUGGAAGAGCGACAUUAUGCCGAGAAGUUUUUGGGGAGACCUUGAACGAAAGUCGUGAUCCUGGUGGACCGGACGACGGCGAGCGCUACACUUCCAGGCUCUAUCUCAAGCAUCAAUGUCUCGAACGAGCUUGUGACGUGAUGGCUGAAAAAGGUUUCAAGUUGGUCGCUACGUGUUGCAGUGGUGCUAACGGACUCGCCGCUGCUAGUCAUCCUAUCGUCGCCGGUGCUCUCAGUGGGGCCAGCACCACGGUAAUUGUUCAAUGUUUUUCACCUUCACUAUUUGUCAGAUUCACUUCUCAUUGGGCAAAUCUUCAAUUACGAAUUCUCAGAUAG